UGCGACAAUGACAGGUCGACAGAAGACUUUCGAGCUUGUACCAACGACUCUUGUCAAGCAAAAUGCAUCCAGACCUCCUAUGACCAGCAAAGCUGCCAAGAAAGCAUACCAGCAAGCGCAGAGAGGAACUAAGAUCUCGAAAGCUGAGCAGCGCAGAAGAGAUGCAGCAGAGCUCGAGAGGAUAAGGAAAGAGCACGAGAAGGAGAGGAAUGCAGCGAAGACGAAAGCUGCUAGGGACAAGAAAGCUACGAAGGCAUUGGCAGAGAGGGAAGCUCGGAAGAAACUGGGUCUGCCUGAGCCCAGCAGAUUUGUUCGUGCCAGUCAACCUACCAUAUCGAGGUUCGUGAGAGGCGACAGUAAUGAAAAGCGAUCCUGGCAGCAGAUGGAGGAUGUCGAGGAGGAAGAGGAGGAUGAGAUCUCGGACGAUGAUGACAAUGCUGGAUCUAUACCUAAGGACAAAUUACAACCUCCUGCAAAACGAGUUGCAGUUGACCACGAUUCAGAAGACGAGUUUGGCGAUUUCCCUACAUUGUCACAAUCGGCCCUUGAGAAGAUAGACAGUUCUGCUGCCUCAUUGAGAGAUGGAUUUUCAUUACCACCUUCCCCAGAGAAAAAGCAGAACUGGGACGAAUGUAAACCAUACAGCCUUGAUGCUUCUCAGGAGCCACCAUUCAAAAAGAAGACGGAAGACAGGCUUCUAUUCGAGAAGGAAAACCUUGCAGAACUGGUCACGACGAAACUGCUAUCAGAAGCAGCUGAAGCAGCGUCCAGAUCAUAUGCUUCGGAGCCAGCCGCCCUCGUCCAGUCAGCACCAAUUCUGGGACCUCUGAAGCCUGCAAACAACGAGCUUUCCCCUUCACCAUUGAAUUUAAAUCGAUGUAACACUGAGGGUCAGAAUUCUAAGAGAGUCACAGAGACUAGAAAUGCACCCCAAUCAAACAGCAGGCCCGCAUUACUGGAACGUUCAACCAACAUGCCUCCACCUCGACUUCUUCUCAAAAAGCCCUCCAUGUCCUUCGCAACUCCGCCUGUGAAGCCUCUGAUAUCUCGACAGAAUCUUAAUACGGUAACUUCUAGAUCAGCUCCCUACAUGCCACCUUCAUCAACUCAAGCUUUUCUGGAAAACCACUUAGACGAUUUCUUCCCAAGCCCGAGUCAACAGGUUCGAGAAUUGCUCGAAGACGUUGAUGACAUCCCGUCAAAUACCCAAAUCGCUCAGGAGCUGGGCCCACAGAAGCCAAUGAUAAAUAAUCGUUUCGAGGAUUUGAUCUGUACGCAGGAUCUUGUGCUGACUCCUCAGGAUCUUGAAGAGAUCAUCACCCCUAGUCGAGCACCACCACCAAAGACUGCGAGAGAACUGAAAGCAGGACAACCGAAGUUUCUUCUACCACCACGUCCGACAUCUCGAGACAAGCCUCGCUUCUUCCAAGAAAAGGAAGAAGAUCUCUGUCAAGCUGCACUCGACGCAAGUAAGAUUGCUACAUGUACAGGAUUAAAAGGACAAUACUCGGGUGAGGCGUUUGUGCCGCUUACCGCGCAAAAUGCGCCAAAUGCGCAGAACGCGCAGAACGCGCAGAUAGCGCAAAUAGCGCCUCCAGCGCAUCAAAACCCACGAGCACGUCGCUUUUUCGAAGAGAAGGAAGAGGAUAUCUUACAAGCAGCUUUACACGAGAGCAAGAUAUCUGCACCUAAGCAUGUCAAGUCCGCAUCAUCAAAGGGACCACCGAGCCUUCGGAAAGAGCAGUCGGCGACGGAUUACGGAGACUUCGAUGUUGGAGAUUUCUUUGAGGACGAAGAACAGAAGAUGCUAGAGAAAGCUAUCGGAGAGAGUAAGAAGCUGGCCGGUUUGGAGACACAGAAAGUGCUACUUAAGGAAACGCCACGGCCACAGCAAACCAAACGGACCUUGAAAAGAGUCAAGUCUACAGCUACGGAUUAUGGAGAUGAUGAGUUCAGUGGUUGCUCGCAAGAAUUGCUAGCAUUAUGUUGAGUUUCUUUGAGAUUUGUUAUGGUCCGACAUUAUUUGGGACAUCAUUGCAUUGCGUUGCAUUUCGUAUAUAGAACCUAGUCAUAGCAUGGUUUGGAGGAGUUGCAUAGGGAGGGAAAGAAAGCAUGGGACGGCGAGCAUUGGUUUGGUACUGUGGCAUUUGUUGCAUUGCGGGAUAGGUUGCAUAUUCAUUGGAUGGGAUUCCUAUUGGCGUUGGAGUACAUCUUUGUCGCAUGGUGAGGAAGAUACCCGUAGCAUUUCAUUGUCGAGUAACGGCAGUAGCAACAAAGCAAU